AUGCCCGCAUAUUUCUACCAUCUAAGCCUCGAAGUCCUGCACAAACCUCAUCCACCCAAAUCAGUGGCCACCGCUUCAUCGCUGGCCCUGGACUCUGUAUGGGAAGCCCUGCUCCCCUUCCAGAAGCGGGCCCGGCGUUCAACGUCCACUCCCACAUCUAGCGGGGGUGAUUCCCUUGCGCAAUUCACGCAAUCGCACGGCCACACACCGGGGAAAGAAUUCACGCUUGAACGACGCUUCAAACACGCUUCCACAUCAUCCUCGUCUGAUUCUUCGUCUCGCGCCGCACAACAUUCGCCUUCGUCCUCGCUUCCCGCUAAUAACUACCCCUCUACCUCCCCCAACAGCCCCUCCGACCUCCAGAACGACGUCCGCGCUGGAGCAAUUCUGAUCGAUUGCAUAGACAUGGUGCCGCCUGAUGAUGUGUCCGGAAAGCGGACCCAAAAGCGCGGCAGUACUGCGGUUCCUGCCGCUGGCAAUGACGACAACCUCGUCGCUGCAGGCAUUGGCACUGAUAUUCUUGGUGGCCUGCGCACGAAGGGUCGCUACAUUCCUCUUGAUCAGGAAGUCGGUGAUAGCGUCUGGGGAAUUGUUCACUUAUACCGUGAUGUGCAGGAAACCCCGUAUCUCGCUGGGAACGAGGAUGAUUACCCGACCUACCUGAAAGGCUCCGCGGCCGCUGCGCGACACCCAAGCGAGCAGCAGUCCGGCGGUACGAGUCGCACACAACCUCAUUCUCGUGGGAAGGGCUCUGCAGACCUAGCGACGUAUCCGUUCCCUGUGACGGUAUCAUCGUCUGGCAAAGAGGAGGACGAGUGCUCGACGUUGUGUAUCCUAGCUGUGCCAAGUUACUUGUCGCCACCAGAUUUUCUGGGAUUCGUGGGCGAGAAUACGAUGGAUGAUGUGAGCCAUUUCCGGAUGAUACGCACCCCGCGCGCCAAUCGGUAUAUGGUUUUGAUGAAGUUUCGAAAUGGGAGGAAGGCGAAGGAGUGGCAAAAGGAGUGGAAUGGCAAGGUUUUCAACAGCAUGGAGCCUGAGACCUGCCAUGUGGUAUUCGUGAAAUCGGUUGAGAUUCAGGUUGUCGAGCCUAAACCACCUUCGACGGCCGACGCCGGUGCUCUUUCGCCCUCUCAUAAACAUCCUGUGUCAUCGUCUGGUCAGGCCACUCUCUCUACGAAACCCCUUGCUCCACCUACACCGGCAUUGAUCGAACUCCCUACCUGCCCCGUAUGCCUUGAACGAAUGGACGAAACAACGGGCCUUCUCACAAUCAUCUGUCAGCACGUUUUCCACUGCACAUGCCUCCAGAAAUGGAAAGGCAGCGGAUGUCCUGUCUGUCGGUACACCCAAGACGACUUCCGCAAGGGUACUGCAUCCACGGAUAGCGACGAAGAGCCUGCUGAGUGCAGCGUCUGUCACACCGACAGUAAUCUCUGGGCUUGUCUGAUCUGCGGCUCGGUGGGCUGUGGCCGCUAUGACGGAGCCCAUGCAUUUGACCAUUGGAAACAGACUGCUCAUGCCUUUGCCAUGGAUCUCAACUCCCAGCGCGUUUGGGACUACGUUGGCGAUGCUUAUGUUCACCGCAUUAUUCAGAGCAAAACUGAUGGCAAGCUCGUCGAGCUCCCUGCAGCUGAUCACUCGGCCCUCGACCCGCCAGACUGGGCUGACGCUGUCCCCCGUGAGAAACUCGAAAACAUGAGCGUCGAGUACACGCACCUCCUCACCUCCCAGUUGGAAAGCCAGCGCGCUUACUUUGAAGAAAUUGUCGAGCGGGCGGCGGACAAGGCCUCACAGGCUAGCGCCGCUGCCGCAACUGCAGAAGAAGCCGCAAGGGAGGCAACCGCCCGUCUUGCGGAGCUGCAAGCACAAUACGAGGCUCUCUCGUCCGACUCCAUUCCCAGCAUGGAGCGCGAGCAAGGUCGCCUUGAGAAACGAGCUGAGAAAUUCGAAGCCCUGGCACGCCGCAUGGAGAAAGACUACCGUGAAGAGAAGACUAUUAAUGCAAGUCUCAUGGAGAGGCUGGAGCAUAUGUCUACGGAGAAUGUGGCGAUGAAGGGCGAGGUUGAUCAGUUGAAGGCGGAGAUUGUGGAUUUGCAAGAGCAGAGUCGCGAUUUGACCUUCUUUAUCAGUGGUAGUCAGAAGCUGCAGGGUGCUGGGGAGGAUAUUGAGCAGGGCACUGUUAGUGUACCUGAUCCCCCAGCCGAGGUGGCGAAGAAGAAGAGGAAUCGGGGAAAGGGAAGGAAGUAG